AUUCAGUAUAUCCACACGACUCCAGGUUGUUUGUCGCGGUCUCGUGGCUGCUCAGUCGGGCGUGAUUGACGGACCAUUGAAAUUUCUCCCAACCAAAAAAAUGAUGGACUGCAGCAACAUAAUUGUUCCAUAACCGCCGUAGUUGGCAAGCUCUCUUUUUUAUAUCCCCAUCUAAAGCUAGGGGGGGAAACGGGGAAAUGCUACCUGGAUUUUUGCGCACAACGACUCAUUGAUCCCCUAUUACAAUGACACUCAAAACCUGGUUAUACCAGUACAAAUAUGUACUGUGGUCUCGUUCGGCACGCCAUCCAGUUUGCUUCGGUUCGCCGACGAGUUCGUGCACACUGCGUACUUGAUCUACAUUUCCGUCAUCGGGCUGGCGGUACUCGGGGAUAAUUUUUCUAGGGGCACGCACGGAACGAUUGAUUCCCUCGGCGGAGUUAAUCGCUGUAAAUAGAGACGUAGCGAGUAGCUGGUUUGCGCGGUCGUCGGCAUAUACCGGUGUUCAGCGCGAGUCCGCUGCGAUAGUUUCACCGCCUCGACUGAUUAAGCCGCUCCAAAUUGCCGAAGAAAGACCGCGUCAGUUUUACCUGCGGGCGUCUGGAAAUUUGGACGAGAGAGCUGUUGUCAGGAUAGUUUUUGAACUUCAGACGCUGCGUUUGUGUCAUCGACUUGGCUCGUCGAAAAUUCCACAGAUUAGGCCAACGUUUCUAGACUCCGGCCUGCAUAAUGAAAUUGCUGGUAUACGUCUUUGCCCUCUUGAUGGCGCUUAAGUUGGCAGCGUGCAAACUGCCGAGAGGUGAUAACGCUACGAACACGUCCUCCUCCACUGCACCCGUUGACGAGGAAUUAGCGACCGCUUGGCAUUGCAUCGACGACGGUUCAGACGGCAACCAGUCGGGAUGUUCAAAUGUCACGAACGAAUGUGGUGUGUGUAAACCUAAACCGGUGUGGAUUUGCGUGGACGGGGUGGUCGUGCAACUUACAAUGGAAGAUGAUGUUGUACUUCAGGUGCAAAAAGUUGUCAUCUACGUCGGCUUUUCUUUGUCUCUCUUGGCGUGCAUCGUCGCAAAUGUCGUUUACGUCAUCACAAGGCGCGGGCUGAAGGGAAGUCCGUACCACGUCCACUGGAACCUCAUUGCAUCUUUCACGAUAUACCACGUGGUGUUCCUGAUAGAUUACAGCGUUCUGCCUCUGUGCUACGUCACCAAUGUGCACGCCCGAAACGUCCUGCACGUGAUGAUAGCAUACACGGUCCUGGCCAACUUCUUCUGGAUGUUGGUGGAGGGACUGAUCCUCUUCGGCAUCGUUGUUAUAAGUUUCUUCCAAGAACAGAAAGGCAGACAGUUCAUCAAGUGGUGUCUCCUGGGCUGGGGUGCCCCGGCUGUUUUGGUUAUUAUCUGGAUUGCCGUUGAGAGUCUUACAUUACCUGAAGAUUGCAGGGUUCUUGAGCUGGACAUCACCAAGCCGGAUACCCCCGCGAUCGUGUGUGUCAUCGUUCCCGUUUUCGUCAUAUUGCUGAUCAAUUUAAUAGUUUUGAUCGUAGUAAUACUAAACAUUAACAAGAAACUACGGGCAUGCGACAGCAGAGACCAGCGGAAAAGGCACAGACGGACAGCCAAGUCUACCCUUUUCCUGUUGAUUCUUUUGGGUUCGUACUACGCCCUGCCCAUUCUGGUAGUGUGGAUCGGAAGACCCUGCCUCCUCAUCUUCAUAGUAAUUUACGUGGCCAACAUCAUCUCAUCGUUACAGGGUCUGGCUGUUAGCACUCUCUAUGUCUUCUGCAAUGGCGAGGUACGUGAACAGGUUCGGCGCUUACUCGGCAAGCGAUUCAAAAGGUCGGACUGGAGCCUGAAGUCUACAACAGGAACCAGCCGCUUGAGCUCGUCCACUUCCUUCGGCAAGCGUAACAGCAGCUCCACGAGCAGCGACAUCAGCGGCAGACAGGCGCGACGAAACACCGGUCCUUUGGCGGCGAAGGCCUCGGUGGAGAUGAGCACCAUGUCAGCCGCUUCGCCGCCAUCACGGGCGGACGUGAACUCCAACAAGCAGCCGGGGCUAGCUGGGAACCUGGAGGACGAGCGCAUCCUUCUUGAAGUAGGAGGAGAAGGGCGUGCCGAACAGGACAGGAAGAAGGGGGCGAGGUCCGGCAGCGGAUACAUCAAGCUGAACACCACCGAGCCGAAUGAGUAGGUGUCGUGUGGUGGCGCUGUGCCGUAACACCGUCACCGCCAGACCUAGUGUGGUUAUGGCCGUGUGUCCAACUAACCUGUCAGCCGGUGUCGUAGAGAAAGCUGCCCCCUGCACAACGGUCAGGGGAACAGAAUUUGCUAAGGAAAAGUCUCCCCAAGCCAGGGUGUUCUGCCCCAAACUAGGGGCAAUUUACCCCUCAGGUCCAAUUCCACUUGUACAUUCAUCUAACGUUUAUUUGUGGUUCAAAUUUUUAUUUUGUGAUACCCGUAAUGUUUCUUAACCAAGAAGAGUGAAUGUAAUUUUGGCUCCACCUUGGAGAACUAAAUGUAUGUAGUGCAUACUAGAUGUGCAGUAAAAAUCUAUCUUGGUAAAUUGUGUGUUCAUAGAUCGUGCUAGUCGUAUUGAUGGAGCUGAAAUUUCUUUGAAACGUAGUAGACUUGGCCAAAAAGCACUUCUGCAGUAGAUGCAGACAACUGUUAAAUCAAGGUAAAACUCGUGGAAGCUCGGUAGAAUGAGCGGGGAGGGGGAACUAUGAGAUCAGCGAAGUCAAGUAGUUGUAGCGAGUUACGUGUGAAGUGGGGAGGUCAUAAUUAUUCACCAUUAGAGUCCGUAAUUAACCUAUGUUGUGCAAGGCGGACAGAAUUACCAACUGGAAGGAUAAACUCUCCGGGGAGACAUGAUAUCUCAAACAAGCCAGGCAAAGAUUUCCGGGGGGACCGAGUCUUCAUUAACACCGGAAGUAAUCCCCUACUCUCGGGGAAAUGGUUACAGCCGCUCAGCAUGCGCCUUCGACACGUGCACGUGUUCAAGUCAAUAGUCUUAGCCAAAACUUUCAAGCAAGUGGACGCGUCAUUGUGUCACGUGGAUGGUGGUACAGCGCCCUCUUCAAGUUUUGGUGAAACUGGCCGAAUUGGGAAUGGGACCCAUUUGAUGACAUGUAGGCCACAUAAUAAGUUUCUCUACCAGCGACUGCUGCUGGAGACGAGAGGAACCACUUUGGGUUUGCUGUUAUGCACGAGAAAAUGACAACAGAUUAAAUGGGUGGAACUUAAAAUCCAACAUUCUUUUCAGUUCAUCACAUGCAGCUGAUUUUCUUUCGCUAUGAGGAUGGAGUCCUUUGCUCUGUGAUCGUUACACCUGACGUAUACAGAGACAAACAUAGAUUGAAUGCAAUACGUGCGAUUCAUAAUAGUGCGCCUCCAAGAGUUUGCAACGCGUUGGCCAAU